AUGUCAUCAGAUCAAAUUCAAAAAUGGUUCGAAUACGAGUCGGGACACGCUUGGUGUGAAUCAGCGUACAAAUAUCAAACGUUGCCAUAUGUGGCGGAAUUCGCCAAUUCGGUAGGUUUUGGCUUCGAAAAUUCACCAUGUUUCACUGAAAAAUCUUGAUUUUCAGCUCACAAAUCUGCCAAUUAUCGUGCUGCCCCUCCUCAAUAUAAUGCUUCUACGAAAAUAUUUACAAAACGUCAAUAUGGGCCUGAUUUUCCCGCAACUUUUGCUUACUUUCAAUGGUCUGGCUUCCACGUAUUAUCACGCGACUCUGAAUUUAUUUGGACAACUUGUUGAUGAAUUAUCGCUGGUUUGGAUUAUCACUGUGUUUUUGGUGGUUUAUAUUCCGGUUAUGAAAUGGUUUCCCAAAAAGUUUUCGGAAAGAUUGUGAGUUUUUUUUUGGGGUACUGUAUGCACCUUGAAAAUUAAGAAGAAUAUUCCACGUGUACUGUAUCCCGCCAAAAAAUUUCAAAUCUGAAAAUUAUUCUUCCAGAUGUUUGGUCAGAUGGAUUACACUUAUCAUCACUGCUGUCGUCUCUGGAUUAUGCUUCUUGGAGCCGAAUUUGAAUGCGAUUGCGCUGAUGUUGUUCUCGAUUCCGGCGGCUGUGGUUUUGAAUUAUGAAGGAACACAGUCAGUUUUCUUUUUUCUGGGCUUUCGAUGACAAAAUGGAAAAUCACAGAAAAUUCACUCUAAAAAUUUACUGUUUCAAAAAAUCCUGAAGUUUCUAGCUGUUUCUAUGGACAUUGAUCGAAACAAGCUGCAGUUUUCAAAGUUUUAUAUGAAUUCUGAAUUUUUGAAGUUUGGCGCCAUUAGUACUAUUUUUGAAUUUUUGCCACAAAAAUUUGACGAAUUUUGAAACCAAGCUCAUAAUUUUUUCAAAAAUUCACUAAAAAACCACUGUUUCAAAAACGUUUGAAAUUUUUGAAAUUUUUUCGCCUAAAAGUUUGGAGAAUUUCGAACAUCAUAUGUCUGAAUCGGAAAAUUAUGAAAAAUGCACCCAAUGAUCAGGCCAAAAUCACGGGUUUUUUCUCACAAUCAGAAAAUUCAGACGAAAAAUUUACUGUUUCAAAAAAUCCUGAAGUUUUCCAAUUUUGGAAUUAUAGACAUUGAUUGCAUGAACUGUUUUCGAAGCUUUUAUAAUUCUGAAUUUUUCAAGUUUUGCCCCAAAAAUUUGGGAAUUUUGAACCUAACAAACAUUUUUUUUUCGCUCAAAACUUGGGAGAAUUUGGAACCUGAAAAUUCUGAAUCGGAAAAUUAUAAAAAAUCACCGCAGAAAUGGUCAGGCCAAAAUCACGGGUUUUUUCUCACAAUCAGAAAAUCAGAAAAUUCACCCUAAAAAUUUACUGUUUCAAAAAAUUCUUAAAUUUUCCCAUUUUGGAUUUAUGGACAAUGCGAUUGCUAAAUAGAUAUGGACAAUGCGACUACAUAUAUUAAAUUUAUAAUUCUGGCGCCAAAUACAAUUUUUGAAUUUUUUGGCACAAAAUUUGGGGAAUGUUGAAUCCAACAAACAUUUUUUUAUCCCCAAAAUCACAUUUCCGGAAAAAUUCACCAAAACACCACUAUUUCAAAAAAAUUUAAAUUUUUUGUGCUCAAAACUUGGGAUAAUUUUGAACUUCAACCAAAUCAAAAUUCUUAAUCUAGAAAUUAUUAAAAAUCACUCCAGAAAUGGUCAGCUAAAAAUUUACUGUUUCAAAAAAUCUAGAAGUUUUCGAGUUUUGGAAUUAUGGACAAUACUUCCCAGCAUCGCUACACGAAUUAAGUUUAUAAUUUUUGCGCCAAAAUUACAAUUUUUGAACUUUUUUUCUCAAAUAAUGGGAAUUUUGAACCGAACAAACAUUUUUCAUCCCCAAGCUCACAAUUUUCUGAAAAAUUUAUUCUCAAAAAUACCCUAAAAUUUCACUGUUUCAAAAAAUUCAGAAAUUUUCUGACUAUAAAAUUAUAAACAUUGAUAUAAUGAAAUUAUCUUCAAAACUAAACAAAAAUAAAUGAAAAAUCAGCCUAGAAUUACUCUAGACUUACACUUUUCUAACAAAUGAAUCUUAAAAUUCACUGUUUCAAAAAAUCUAGAAGUUUUCCAAUUUUAAGAAUUAAAGACAUUGAUCGAAACAAGCGGCAGUUUUCAAAGUUUUAUAUGAAUUCUGAAUUUGUCAAGUUUCACACCAUGGUUUUUGAAUUUUUCGUCAAAAUUUGGGGGACUUUGCACCCAAGCUCAUAAUUUUUUGAAAAAUUUAUUCUUAAAAAUUUUCUCAAAAGUUCACUGUUUCAAAAAAUUCAGAAAUUUUCUGACUCUAAAAUUAUAAACAUUGACUCAAUCAUCUGCAAAAUUAGAAAAAAAUAAAUGAAAUUCAGCCUAGAGUUACUCUAGACUUAUACUUUUCUAACAAAUGAAUCUGAAAAUUCUACUGUUUCAAAAAAUCUAUGUGUUCUCCCAUUUUGGAAUUAUGAACAGUAAGAAAAGUUAUGAUUUUCCAGCUCUGGAAUCCCAGACAUCGAGAGAUUCCCAAAACGAGUCCUAGCUCUUUGGGGAGCCGCCUUCAGCUUCUGGUUCGCCGAUCGACUAUUGUGCGAUUUUUGGUUGUAUCUGGGUACACCAUACUUGCACGCCGUGUUUCAUUUGUUGGCCGGAUUGGCUGGUUAUACGAUUUUUAUCAUGUUUUCGAUGAUUGAUAUUGAGACAAGAUCGAAAUCUCAUAGGUGAGUGGAAUUUUUGCGGUUUUUUGAGUCUAAACAUGACUAGGGUUACUGUAGGUUAUCGUAAUUCCAGAUUACUGUACCUCUAAUUUUUUCAGAUUCACAGCUGCAGUACGGUAUUUCCCUGACAAAAAUGGAUCGAUUUUCGCAUUUCCAUAUAUUUCUCUAAAGGAGCGAACACAGUAAGCCUAUGUGUUUUUUUUUCUGUGUUUAUUGUGUACUGUAUUUUGUCGUUGUCCUGUCCAUAAAUGUGUAUAAUUGGUUACUGUAGAUUACUGUAUGCACCUUUAAACGUUUUUUGUAGCAACGUCAAUGUUUCUGUUUUCGAUUCGCCUGGAAAACCGAAAAAAUUGGAGGAGGAAUUUGGUGAAAAUUAA